GCACUGAGCUCGAUGUCUUCUGAAUGUACGUGUUUGCUCCUCGUCAUGUUGUGCACCAUCCUGGCUGCAGGUGCACAUGGAGGAACUGUGUGCACUGUAAGGUCAAGCACAGGCAAAGAAGUCCUUUUAGGUUCCAAUUUCACAAUCUCCUGCGUCUUCAAAAAGGAAUGCACCAAACAAAUGUUUCGGAAUGAACAAAUGUAUAAACAAUUCCCCAAUUCAAAUGAGGUGUCUGUGUAUGUCGAGAAUUUAACAAAGUUGAGCAUCUUCACCUGCAAGUGUAUGGAGGACCCAGAGCCAUGUGGAAUUGACAUCACUCCAGGAUACCCUCCAGAUAUUCCACAAAAUCUGACCUGCAUUCGAAAAACGAAAUUUGGCAAUGUCAGUUGCACUUGGACAACAGGAAGGGAUACCAAAAUCACAACCACAUGUCAGUUACGGGUUCAAGGUGACCCGCACCCCGGCUAUACGAGUGUUAUGAACUCUACGGGAUUUUGUUGGUCCACAUUCCCCAUCAAAAGCUCAGAAAUGUCACAGCUUAUCGUCUCACUCAAUGUCUCUAAUAGCCUGGGUUCAGAAACAUCGGGUCCCCACACCUUCACCCUCAGCAAUAUAGUAAAACCCUCAGUGCCUAAAAUCAUUCAUGUGAACUGCUCCUCCCAAUGGUGCCACCUACACACAGACCAUCACAGCAUGGACUUGGUUGAAGUCCAAUACAGAGCGGAAAAUGGGAACUGGAAAAAUCUCCAGACUAAUGCCAGGAGGAAUUUAAACAUAUCCAAACUGCAGCCAGAUAUCAUGUACAAGUUCCAUAUCAGGAGGAAAAUAAACCAUACAGUAGGUUUGUGGAGUGACUGGAGUAAAGAAAAGGAAGCAAAAACAAAAGAGGAAGCUCCUGACAAGGAGCUUGACGUCUGGUACCUCCAAGAACCGAACCCCCCACAAUCUGAAAACAAGUGUUUCCGCAUAUUUUGGAAGGAACUGAAUAUAUCAGAUGCCAAGGGGAAGAUUCAAAAGUAUAAUAUAAGUGUUCUGGAGCAGAACAGGAAGAAGAGCUCAAAUGCAUUUCCACCCAGCAGAAAUAAGAGCAUUUGCUGUUUUAACUGUUCUGUGUCAGUGUCUGCAGUUAACUCAAAGGGUCAAUCUCCUGGCAAAUUUAUUGAGCUGCGUUCUUCAGUCCAUUCGGGUUUCCUGCGACAGCCACACAAACUAUUGAAUAAUCAUAGCGUUGCCCUCUCCUGGCAGCGUGCUGCCAUUGCAGGCCAUAGAACUGAGUAUGUAGUGCAUUGGUAUCCAGUUGGAGACAUUGAGGGGAUUCAGUGGAUACGAGUGCUGGAUACCACAGCUAACAUUACAGGUCUACAGCCUCAAGAAUGCUAUCAGGGUGCAGUUACCGCUCUGAGCUCAUCUGGUCCCAAAAUGGCAUCCAUUAGAGGCAUCUUCACAUGGCAGUCAGCUCCAGAACAGGGUCCAGUUCCUCAACUAGACUGGAAGAAGAGUAAGAGCAUGCAGGUGAAAUGGUCUGAAAUCCCUCAUGAGAAGAGACGAGGCUGUUUAAGAAAAUACACCAUCUACUUGAUGGACAAGUUGAAGGAAGAUAUUAAGAAUUACAAUGUGGACUAUCCAAAGAGACAGAAUAUUAUUAGUGAUCUGUCACCAGGACAGUGUUACAAUAUGUGGGUCACUGCCUGGACAGAUGCUGGGGAGGGACCCAAAGGAAGUGAUCUCCCUUUCUGCACACUAUCAGACGCUGAGGAACUACUGUCCCGUGUGAUCUUGGCUGGUGGAGCAGUACUUUUGGCCUGUCUAAUGCUCCUGUGCAUCUGUCAGUUCUCCUCUGUGCAGAGAAGAUUCUUAAACUGUUGCCAGUGUCUGCUGCUUACAGCUAUUCCAGAUCCAGCAAACAGCAAGUGUGCAAAGACGUACACUGAUGACCAGGGUGAAACUAAAUUAUAUCUUCACCCAUUUGACUCCAGCAUUAGCGAGGAGCCCGAAAAUGUAGAGGUGGAGGAAGUUCCCAACCACAGCUUCACCUGUACCUACAUCAAAAGCUUCUCUCAGGAGUCCAGCUCCUCUGACGCCACCCAGAUAACCAGGACCACAGAUUACACAGAGGAAUACAUCUCCACUCACGGCGCAAUAAGUGGAGGAGAGGAGGAGGACGAGGAAGAAGAGGCACGUUUGGACGAAUUUGAAUUCUUCCCAAGCACUCACAGCCCUUUCCUGGAACCGCUGGUUUUAACUGGAGGAAAGUUGACACUGGAUGUAGUGAAAAUAGACUGCAGUGAAUUUCUGGACUGCACGUGAUCAUCCACAGGCAUUCAAAUGUGACCUGACCGUAACUGUAAUAUGGAUGCUGAAAAAUAACCAUGGACAUCCCAAAGAUAAUUUGUCAGUCAAAAGACAAACUUUUAUCUUUAAACAUCUUACUCCGAGUCCCAGCCACAACCGUGAGGAGCUCAAGCUGUAAUGGAAGUAGCAAGAUAUUUCCUUCCAUAUUGUAACAUACUGUACAUCCGAGUGAAACAGAUGAAAGAAAAAAGGGGGGAAAGGAUGGACGGGGACUUGGUUCUCUCUUUUGUUAAUUGGAUGGAGGCAGAGAUGCGAGAUUAGUCGACUGCAAGAAAGAGGAGGGGUUAAACAGACCACAUGAUUGGAUUAGUCUGGCAUACGUUACAUGAGAGAAAUUUGACGAUUCACCAUCUGAUCGAGUGAUAUUUUAAUUAAAAAUGUAGGUAGAAAAAUGGACGAAUCGUUCACAAUAAGAUCAAUAACACGCAUUAAGAAAGCUUGUAUGGUUGUGUUUGAGGGAUAUGGCAAUAGGCUUCAUGGAACGGAAGGUUGAAACAAAAGCAAGGUUGACUUCAUAUUCUUCUCAGCACACAUAGUUUG